UAAAAUAAAUGACAACUCAUGCACGAUCGAAUGAUUUCUAUAUAGUUCAUAAACCUGUAAAUCUUAAACAUUUCAAGUUUAUAUUAUAUAAUGUUAAACUGGAACAGAAGUUUCCAGAAAAGAAUAUUUUUAAGUCUAGAAAAAGAACUGAAAACUAAAUAAAAAACUAUUUUUUCGUAAUUUUUAAUGGAAAAAAAUUAUGUGUUUUAUAUUUGAACAGAAUAAUUAUAAUUUAUUAAGUAACAACUUGAAAAGCAUAUUUUUGUACGAAACGUUAUAAAACUAAAGAUAUUUUAUUGUGCACGUAAUAUAAAUAAAAGGAGUUAAAAAAAUGUUUAAAAUUAUAAAAAGAAAAUGAAAAGGAAAAAAUUGUGAAUCGAUAAAGUCUGAAUGCAGUAAUCGGAUGAACAUUAAUGUGAGUCUCUCAGUGGUCGCAUAAGCAGACGUUUGUCUUAACUUCAACGGAGAAAAAAAGGGAACAAUUUGACAUCCAAAAAGAAAAUGUUGCAAGGAAUAGAAAAUAUCUUAACCAAAUAUUCAAAAUUACCAUAUUGGAUUGCUGCUGUUGAAGUUGGACUACUAUCGUUGGGAAUUGGUUUGAUAAGCGGAUGGACAUCGCCCUACGUAGCGCAAUUAAGCGAGGAAGGUUUACCAUUUUGGGCUAGUCGCGAUGAAUGUUCAUGGAUAGUCGCUCUAUUAAGUUUAGGUCGUAUUUUCGGUGCAAUUUUAGGCGCAAUUGGUGUCGCAAUAUUCGGCAGUAAAAAAACGGCCUUUUUCGCUGGUAUUCCACAAUUAAUCGGAUGGCUACUAUUGUCUGUCGCAAAUUCAGUAUUCAUGAUUUAUAUCUCAAGAUUUCUAUCAGGAAUUUCUUUCGGCUUCUUUUUCGUCUGCUUUCCCCUCUACAUUGGCGAGGUGUCAGAUCCAAAAAUUCGCGGCGCUCUUGUUGCAUUUAUUAUGAAUUGUCAACCAUUGGGAACAUUAAUUGGCAAUAUAAUGGGCGCCUAUUUACCCAUGUGGCAAACAUCGGUUAUUUCAAUGAUACCAACGGUGAUAUUUGUCGGGACAUUUUUACUAUUACCCGAAUCGCCUCACUAUUUGGUGAAAAAGGGAAAUUAUGAUCAGGCCGAGAGUGCAAUUAAAUGGUAUCAUAGACAACUUGAUUCAAGUUUGGAAUUAGAGAACACUAAGCAAUUUUUGAAUACAAAAAUUUCGCAUAGCUUCAAAAAUAUUGUUGCCGAAUUUAGUAAACCAAAAAACAGGAAGGCAUUGAUAAUAGCCAAUUUAUUAUUCGCUUUCAUGCAAAUUAGUGGACUUUAUACGAUUACCUUCUACAUGGAAGUUAUUUUACGAGAGGCACAAGUUGAUAUCAUGGAGCCGAAAACGAUUGUAAUUAUGGUAAACAGUAUUGGAAUUGUUGCCGGAUGGUUUGGUAUGUUUGCUAUAGACAGAUGCGGAAGAAGAAUUCUAUUAGGAGUCUCGAGUGCUGGAAUUUGUGUAUCUUUAAUUUUACUCUCCGUCGAUUCAUCACUAAUUCAUUAUGGUUUUGAAGCCAGAGAAAUUCAAUCGUUACCCAUUCUUUCUGUCUUUAUAUUUCAAAUUUUCAUCUGCAUUGGUAUUAUAUCCGUACCUUGUACAAUAAUCAGUGAAAUAUUCUCACCCGACAUUAAAGGAUAUGCCGCAUCAAUUACCAGUGUCACUUCCGGAAUAUUUUCCUUCAUAUCAAGCAAAACAUAUCAAGACUUUUUGAAUAUUUUACCAGCGGAAUAUGUUUUCGGAUUUUACGCCAUCACAAUGUUCCUGCAAGUUGUCUACUGCUUCUUCAUUCCCGAAACAAAGGGCAAAACACUGCAGGAGGUUCAAGAAUUACUGGAGAAAAGAUGAACACAAAUCAAAAGUACCUAGUGAAGAGAUUAUUCAAGAACAUUUCAGGAAAAAUUAUUUUCUAUUUCUGACAAUAAAAAAUAGAAAAUUUCUUAUUUACAAAAGUAAAUUAGAAAGUAAAUUAAAUUUACUUCUAAUUACAUAUACUUAACUAAUUUUUAAGGAAUUGACGACCGUUAAAUUUCACAAGUUUAACGAGAAAAUUGUAAAAAAAUAUUCCAAGGCAAUAUCAUAAUAAUUGACGAUAAUAGCGUGUUUGAUGAACAAACAUUUGCAUAAAAUUUUUGUGAUUAGAAAAUAUAUGUGUAGUUUUAAUAAUUCGUAAUCUUGCAAUGAAUGACGUCAUGUUUUUUUAAAUAAAUAGUUCAUCAUCGACAAUUUUUACCAUCAUCAUCAUCUCAUCAACUGAUAAAUUACAUAAAACUGUCGCAUCACUUUAAAAACAUACUAACAUCUAUGAUAAGUAUAAGUAAAAUUGUGUAAUUUUCAGAAAGUUUUCGCUUUUUUAUACUAGAAGAUAAAAAAUGUGUUCAUCACGAAAAAAGGGACCUAAAAAGCUAAAUUUUACAGGUUAUUUUUAUCUUUUUACCUUGCAUAUAAUUCUUUUUUAAUUUUAUAAAAUGACAAAUAAUUUUUAUUACAAGUCUUAAAUCCAAUCAAGAUUUAAACAUAUCCCGCCUGUAAAUGAAAGUAUGAGUAAAAGAUGUUAAACUGCGAUAAACUAUGAGAAAUAAGGCACUAAUAUUGUAAGUUUGACAAAGUAUGUCAAAGUAUUGCUAAUGCAGGGUUGUCACAAGUUUUAGAUUAUCAAUUUCCCUGACAAUUUACUAACAUUAAAAUUAUUUUCCCUGACAAAAUUCUUUUCACAGGAAAAUAUAAAAGUUUACGGAAAAUGAGUAAAAUUUAUGAAAUUUAAUAACCGAUGGACCUCAUCAGGCAAAAAUUCUAAAACUGUAAACAGUUUUUCAAAAACUUUUACAAUCAAAUUACAUUUAAAAUAACAUUCAUGAAUACAUGUCAAAUGUUGUCAAGUGGAUAUUUUGAUUUAAAAUUACAUUAUAAUAAGAAGUAAUAAUUUUACAAGGUUUUUAAAAUAAAAAUACAAAAAUAUCAAAUUUACACAAAAACAUAACAUAAC